AACAAUCAAAACCCACAAAUGACAGUUGAAGCUAUAGAAGACGACAAGAUCAGUAUUAAAGUAGCAGAAAAAGAAGAGGAAGAAGUUUAUGAGGAAAUACAACCUCCUACUAAACGAAGACGUUUAGAGUCAGAAGAGCCGUUGGAUUCUUGGAAACCUCCGUCAGUAACUACAAUCACCAACCCCACCCAAUUCACCACCACCACAUACCACUCGCAAAUCCCGUCCUUAAUCGCAUCGGACCUCAAAGCUGAAGUAACUCUUGGUGUGGACGAAGCUGGGAGAGGCCCAGUUCUUGGUCCCAUGGUAUAUGGAAUUGCUUAUUGUCUUAAAGAGUACCAACCUAAACUUAAAGAAUAUGGGUUUGCCGAUUCCAAGGUAUUAAAAGAUGAAAAGAGACAGCUGUUAUUCAAACAGAUGGAAGAUUUGUCACACGAAUUGUACGAAAAUGUGGGCUGGGCUACAACUACCAUGACUGCAAAAGAUAUCAGCUCAGGCAUGUUGCAGAGCACAGCAGGAACGGGUGCGUACAACUUAAAUGAACAAGCCCAUGACACAACAAUUGAAUUGAUCAAACAAGUUCUUGCCAAGGGAGUCAACGUGACAGAAGUAUUCGUUGAUACUGUGGGUCCUCCAAUCACUUAUCAAAAUAAAUUAAAACUGUUAUUCCCAGGGAUUGACAUUGUAGUGACGAAGAAAGCUGAUUCCAUAUAUCCGAUUGUUUCCACCGCAUCAGUUGUGGCCAAAGUCACUCGUGACUUGAAUAUUCAAUACUAUAAUGAAUCAUUACCUAUUUUACAAAACCAUGCUUUAGGUUCAGGAUACCCUAGUGAUCCCAAUACCAGUAAAUGGUUAAACAGUAACGUAGAUCCGGUAUUUGGAUGGUGCUUUGGGUUUAUCCGGUACUCAUGGCAGACAGCCAAGGAUUCAUUGGUAAAAAACAAUGCAGUUGAGGUGAUUUAUGAAGAUCAAGUAAAGAAAAGAGAUAAUGGGUAUCAAGACGUGGGGGAUAUGUUUGAAUCAAAGACCGAUAAACUGAAGAUUAAUAGAUCAUAUUACACUAGUACAGAGUCUGUAUCUUUAUAGUAGAUAUUUAAUAUAGCAUUUUGCAACAUCACGUG